AUGCAGGACACCGAGGCCUUCCUCCGGGAGAUGGACCAGGACAGACCGAGCCAAUACGCUGCUCUGAUGUAUGAUGCAUUUGGGAAGAUGGGCAGCGAUGUGAAGGGGGGCAAUGUCAACCAGCCUGGUUCGCUGCAGGAGUGCCUGUCCGUCCACGCGCCAAGCUUUGCAGGACAGUACUGCCAGGUGUUCCUCAAGCAGGACCUGGUCCAGUACUUUGUUGGCAUUUGCGUUCCUGACUCCUGUGGGGAAGAGGAGGUGCAAGCCCUGGUGGUUUGGGAGACAUUUCAGCAGGGUCAGAUGUCCCUCAUACCUCCUUUACCUCCAAUCCUGGUCCCUCGGUCGACACAGGGAAUCUUCAUGACCCAGUGUGUGUCUAACACCACCACUCCUGACCUGUCCGCAGCCACCUGCCUGUUUGUGUGCUGUGUAAUGGUUGCAAUCCCUCUUGCAGCCACCUUGCUCUCGGCUUUGAUAAGGUGGCAGCAACAGAGAGAGGUCGCUUCAGAGGUAGAGUCUUCUUCUCUGAACACCAAUCCUAACCUGUAUGGUACCCUGGCACCUAAUGGCGCCCCUAGUGGAAGGAGUAUCGGCGUCUACACAGUCCAACAACAGAGCAAAUUGGACCGCAGGAGCAGCUCAGAAGAAGAAAACAGUAAGCAGAGAACUUCUGUCAAGUUGCCAGCCCGCUUUGUCUGUGGCUGUAUGUGUGCACACUACCUUGGACUUGCCAAAAGCUGUCCCAUUGUCUCCACGUGCAAAAGCUGUACACAGAUACACAGUUUUGGUGUUUUGUUUUUCUCAUUAGGCUGCAUGUACUGGUGCCUUCAAGCAUUCUCUCUUCAGAGUACCAGCCAGGGGGUCCUUGGCACCACCCCAGCUAGUCCGGGAGGAAGCUACUCCUCCCUGAAUGGAGUCCGCAUACUCAGCCUGCUCUGGAUCAUCUGUGGCCACACCAUUCAGCUCAGUGCCUGGAACAACCUGGAUAAUGACAAAAUAUGGAAGGAGACAGUUCAAAGCAACCCUCUCUACAUUUUCGCCUUCAGUGGACCUGUAUAUCUGGGAGUGGACACCUUUCUUCUUCUUGGGGGUCUCCUCAGUGCCAGGUCUCUGCUGGGCUCCAUCCACAGGGCUGAGGACAAAUUAAGCCCUGGUCUGGUUGCCACUUACCUAUUCAAGAGGUUUAAAAGGGUCCAGCCACUGCAUCUGUUCAUUGUGUGUCUGGUCAUUGGCUUCUUCUCGGUGGUCCAAAGGGGAGCCUUCUGGUUCAUAGCUGAUGACGAGGUGAUGAACUGCAAGAAGUACUGGUGGUCCAAUCUACUACUAGUCAAUAACCUCUUCACCAUCACCGACAUUUGUGCUCCCUGGACAUGGUAUCUGUCUCUAGACUUCCAGUUUUAUGCCACCACUCCUCUGCUGGUCUACCUUUACAGACUGAACAGAGGUGCGUUGUUUGCGGUGGCAGCGAUUCUACUACUGAUGUCUAGCUUGGCUGGUGCUCUUUUGACUGCCGUAUUAAAGCUCCCCGUCCACCAGCCAACCACACUAGGUUAUGAGAGCUAUUUCCAGUAUUACUACAAUAAACCCUACACCAGAUAUGGGCCCUAUUUGAUAGGAAUCCUGGCAGGAAUACACAUGAAGACAAAGAAAAAUCAACUUCUGAAACACAAGUGGCAGGCUGCGGUGGGCUGGUUCUCCUGUCUGUCAGGCAUGGCAGUGUUAAUUGGAUUGGCCUAUGCCUUACGGGAGGUCCCAUCUCAGACGUCUGCACCUCACGCUAUCUAUCAGGGUCUGCACAGACCCCUCUGGGCCCUGGCCGUAGCCUGGAUCAUACUGGCAUGUGAAGAGGGCUAUGGAGGCUUCAUCAACAGUCUAUUGUCUCUAGGUCUCUGGCUUCCUCUUUCCAAUAUUAGUUUUGCGUGUUAUCUGAUCCACCCCAUUUUCAUCAUCCUCUACAACGGCAAACAGGAGACCCCAAUCCACUAUACGAACAUCAUUUUGUAA